CAGGUCAACUCUUUUUCGCUUUUGCAGGUUGUGAUGGAUACCCGCUUGAGUCAUCGGCUCGAGUUUCCCAAGACACGAGGGCUGACAGUUCCUCCAAGACCCCACCCGCCCUGUUCGGUGUGGGAAGACCGACGGACUAAAUUUGACGGGCGGUCGGAGAAAACCGGAUCAGAUACGAAGCAGCUACUAUAUGAACCUCUUGAACCCCUUGAACCCCUUGACAUCAAAUAUUCACCAAAGCAUCAGCUCGGACGAUUCUAAAUACAACCAACUCCAAGAUACGAACUGAGUCAAAAAUGUCUCUCCAAAAUAUCGGCCUCCGCAUGGGCGGUGUCUCGAGUGCUGUAUUCGCCGCCCAAGGCGUUUUCCUUUUGGGAAAUGCGUUCUACAGCAUUAUGUAUCCAUCCUCGGUAGCCAACUUUGAGGGCUCUUCAUUAAACGGCACCCCCAAAGGCGCCGUUCAAUGUAUUGGCCUGACCUCUCUUGCUUUGGGGACAUAUUAUCUUAUUUCGACCUACCAGCGAGAUACUGCGAUCAUGGUCUCUUCUGUGCCCUCUCGUCUCGUGGCGGCUUGGAUUAUGUAUCGAAAUGGCGGCAAUUGGACACGGGUUGCGGCUUUUGAAACCUCCAUGGCAAUUGUGACUACGGCAGCACUGGUUUGGGACCGGUAUAUGUAAGACUAGAAGGCACUGUGGAUGGUGUGAAUAGAAGAAGUGUCAAGCUGCAACAUAGUUGCUUCCUUCACCACCCGGAAUACGGAGUUGAAUUCAGAUACUAGCAGUUCCAGGGCAACCGUGGUUGCUGUUGUUAUUAUUUGUUGAGGCAGUAGUACUAGUAGGCUUGGUCACGUGGUUAGCUAGCGCCACACCAGGCACCUCUUCUACGCGCCUCUCGCUGCGCAACCUCUAGAUAGCAAUACAACACUCAU